GACAUUUCAAGCUCUGGCAAUCCAGAUCAGAAAAAAGCUGGGAAUUUCCUGUGGACCAACAGAUGUGAAUCAAACUCCCUUCUGACUUGGUGACUCAGACAAUGAGUUGGUUUGUAAAACUCUUUACAAGUGGAGAAGAGAACAGUGAAUACCAAAAAGAAGAUCCUCAGAAAAAAGUUGAGGCUCUUCAGAAAAAAGUUGAUGUACUUCAGAAUGAAAUUGACAGGAGGAAGGUGCAGUUCAAACAUGCCUGGAGGAAUGCACUAUUAUAUCCUGAUUGGAGAAAAGAAGAAUUCAGAACUGCAAAUGUGGCCCUGGAUGCAGCCACUGCUCAUCCUGCCCUCCUCCUGUCUGAAGAAGGGAAAUGAGUUACCUGGCAAAACAAGUGUCAAGAUCUUCCCAGCUCCACACAGAGAUUCGACUCCAUUCCCUGUGUGCUGGGUCAACUGAGCAUCAGCUCAGGGAGAUACUUCUGGGAGGUGCAGGUUGGGAAUACCUGUUCUUGGGACCUGGGAGUUUGUAGCAUUAAUGUAAGAAGGAAGGGGAGCAUCCCAGUGUUCCCACAGAAUGGUUUCUGGGCCAUCAGGCUCUAUGAGGGGGAGUACUGUGCCCUCAUCUCCCCAGCAACCCCUCUUACUGUAAGAGGAAAACCCCUUAGUGUGGGGGUAUUCCUGGAUUAUCAGGCUGGGGAUGUGUCUUUCUAUGACAUGACAGAUGGAUUUCACAUUUUCACCUUUCACCAGAACACAUUCUGUAUUGUCCUAAAACCUCGUUUUAGACUUUGGUCCUCUGGCCACCUAACCAUCUGUCCAGGUAAAGAAAAAUAGACUGAUCUGUAUUUCAUAGGCCUACCUUUUCAUGAAUAAUGUUUACUUUGGACUUCAGUGGUGUUCACAGUUUUCCCCCAUAAACAUAGAAAUAGAUUUUUUUCCUCCUCCUUACUGACUAAUUCUCAAAAUAAAGCUCUGG